GACAAGAAAGGGGUGGGGCCCGUGCGGGCGGGGCGGGUCCUCCCGGCUUCUCCUCGGGUCACGUGUGGCCGGAAGUGGCGCCUGCCGCGGCGAUUUCGGGAUGGGGACCUCCCUGGACAUUAAGAUUAAGAGAGCGAACAAGGUCUAUCACGCCGGGGAGAUGCUCUCGGGCGUGGUGGUGGUCAGCGGGAAGGACCCCGUGCAGCACCAGGGCCUGUUCCUGACCGUGGAAGGCGCCGUGAACCUGCAGCUCAGCGCCAAGAGCGUGGGCGUGUUCGAAGCCUUCUACAACUCCGUGAAGCCCAUCCAGAUCAUCAACAGCACCAUCGAGAUGGUGAAGCCCGGCAAGUUCCCCGGCGGCCGGACCGAGGUCCCCUUUGAGUUCCCGCUGCUCGUGAAGGGCAACAAGGUGCUGUUCGAGACCUACCACGGAGUGUUCGUCAACAUCCAGUACACGCUGCGCUGCGACAUGAAGCGCUCGCUGCUGGCGAAGGACCUGACCAAGACCAGCGAGUUCAUCGUGCACUCGGCGCCUCAGAAGGGGAAGCUGACUCCGAGCCCCGUGGACUUCACCAUCACGCCCGAAACCCUACAGAACGUCAAAGAGAGAGCCCUGCUCCCCAAGUUCCUGGUCCGCGGGCACCUCACCUCCACCAACUGCGCCGUCACGCAGCCGCUCACGGGCGAGCUGGUGGUGGAGAGCUCGGAGGCCGCUGUGCGCAGCAUCGAGCUGCAGCUGGUGCGCGUGGAGACCUGCGGCUGUGCGGAAGGCUACGCCCGGGACGCCACGGAGAUCCAGAACAUCCAGAUCGCCGACGGGGACGUCUGCCGGGGCCUCUCGGUGCCCAUCUACAUGGUCUUCCCCCGGCUGUUCACCUGCCCCACGCUGGAGACCACCAACUUCAAAGUGGAAUUCGAGGUGAACGUCGUGGUGCUGCUUCAGGGCGACCACCUCAUCACCGAGAACUUCCCCCUGAAGCUCUGCCGCGUGUAGCAGAGGGAGAGAGGAGGAGGAGGAGCUGGAGCCGGAGCCGGAGGAGGAGCCGGAGCCGGAGCCGGAGCCGCCGCAGCCGGUCCUCAGUGAUCCGGGCAGGCGUGGACCUGACCCCCCGGGUCCCGGUCACCUCCUUCCUCGUGUCCUCCGCGCGCCUGCCCCCGGCGGCGCCUGCUCCGGCCUUUCCUUUGAGAGCCAUCGGAUGCUCCGUGUUCUUGGCAAGUCAUUCCCCAGGACUCCGACUCCCAGCUGCUCGUGAGGGACCGAGGACGGGUCUGCCACGGUGUGAGCUUCGCUGGGUCAGGUCCCGGCUGCCCGGCUGCCACCCCAGGGCCCUGCCGGCAGGGACGGGCGGAGGGGGCUCCUUGCCGGUGGUGCCUGCAGUGGCCUCCACUGCCGGUGCAGGCGUGUGUGCCACACGGCCCUGUGGUCGCCCACAUUUUUCACGAGAACUUGACAGUGGCCUUGCUGUCUGGGAGUGAGGGAGCUGGUGACAGUGGCCGAAGUAGUAAGUCUCAGGACCUGGUAUAAAAUCUUGUGCCACCGUAUUCCCAGAAUGCACUUCCAUGCCAGCUUACGUGAGGGGCACACGUGUCCACAUACGUUCUGGCUAGUGCCAGGACGGUGCCCUGGACCGAGGAACCCGGCCUCUCUGCGCCCGGGACCUGUGCCAGUCAGACCCCGCUGGUUCAGGGCGUGCUGAGCUGUUACACCCACUGCUGCCCCCUCCCACCCCCGCCCCCGUCCUGCACUCUGCCCACAGCACCCACGGUCCUCGGAGUCAGCCCUGGCUCUGCGGGCCUCCCCGCCAGUCCUCCACCGGGACCGGCUCGGGCUGGCGGCCGUGGGCCCCCUCGGCCUCUGACGUGUGGCUGAGGGCCACCAGCCGACUCCGGCCGGGGGACACUGCACAGCCUCCUUUUACGGUCACAUGAGCUGUCUGACGUGUUCCCAGUGGCAGAAACAGAGGCUAUGCUUUCUGGUAAAUUUCAAAGGUAGAAACAACUUUUAAUUAAAAAAACAGCUAAUGAGAAUUUUG